AUGAGGCAAAGUAAGGAAAAAACGUUGGCCCAGCGCAGGUUCCAGCACCGAUGGCGAGCGAUCCCAUCGUCGCAAAAGGCGUGUCCUCACACGUCGAACGCCACCGUGGACAAACAGAACAGCACCAGCGACGAGGACACAAGUCCCCCACCAAACCCAUGCACGGUGCUGAGUGCUGCGAAAACGAACCCCUUUGCGAACUAUACCAUCCCUCACUAUGCGCAUGAAGCCAUGGAUCAUGCUUUGAGUUUCACCUGGCCGCAGUGCCUUCCCACGGAUUUGGAUAAGAUUGUGAUACCGUUUAGGGCCUCAUGGAUGCAAUUAGUCAUGGAAUCCCCUCUCGUUCUGCAUACCUUCAUCUUCGCCACCACAAAGCAAAUGCUGUGUCUGAGAGGCCAGAAGGAGGAUGACAUGUCCCAGCUGGCGGUUCAGACGCUGUCCAUCCAUCAGAGCGUGGCCUUGAACUGCGCCAGAAACGCCGUCGAGUCGUUGAAUGGACCUCCUACGGACGCGAUGAUCCUGGCGGUGACCAUCCUCGCCGUCAAUGGCACACGCCCACAGCAGGUUCUUCCACAACCCCACCCUAUUUCUCCUCUCGCCAAAACCCAGAGCCUCCAUCUCUUCAGUAUGCUGAGUGUCGUUGAAGUGCACGCCAGAGCCGCUGCCCAGCUCGUGUCGUUGAAGGGAGGCCUGGGGGUAGUAGAUACGUAUGGUGUUCGAGAUACGCUUCUGCUAUCCGAUAUUUACUUCUCAUCCAUACUGGGCACAAGGCCAGCUCAAAUCUGGCCAACUCCGGUUACGAGCCUUGUCGAGGCUGGUCUCCACGCCCUCGACGCCAGCGCCGAGCGCCUCUUUUUGCUGUUGGGUACCGGCUUCGACUUAUUCAAGCUGGACAAAGAUCUUCGGAGAGUUCUUGGCUUGAUGUGCGACCUCAUUGUCGCUCUCGACCACCAUGUCCGAAGAGAGGAUCACCCGCCGGAACUGUCCGAUAUCGUGCUGCAGCGAAACGCCGUGCAGAACAAACUACUAUGGCUGAAGCCUUCCACAAACGACGAACUCAGCAGGGAGAACAGGCUCAACAACAUGACACGCAUAGCCGCAACCAUCUUCAGUGACAUGGUCCUGUUCCCGCUCAGUCCGGUGACAAGAAUCAAGCCACGGUUGGCAGGCGAGCUGCGUCAGUGUCUGAGGUUUCCGAUUCUGGACAUCGAAGAAUACGGCCCACCCUCUGGGUUUUUCCUCUGGGUUCUGACCAUGGGUGGGAUCGCCGCCUCGUUCACGAGACACCGGGGCUGGUACAUCGAGAAGAUGGCCGAGUACUACAGCGGCGAGUUGCUGUGCGGCAGCGAAACCAUGCUCGAGCGCAUGGCUUCGUUCCUAUGGUGGGCCGACGUGUGCGACCAGCCCGCAAAGCUUCUGUGGGCGCAGUCACGCGAGGUCUACAACGAGGAGAGAGGUCUCUCGGGAGCCCAGCACCAACAACAGCCGGUGAUCACGACGUGGAAUCAGAGGUAA